AUGCUAUCUCGCAAGCCACAGAUUGAAGAAAAGGCCAAGGCAACUAAAGAUUCCGCUCUGGCAACCCUUUUCCAGAAGGCUGGUGCUUUUAUGGAGAAGUUUUCCAUUCGUAACCUGAAAAUGGGGACUAUCAUGGAUCUUCUUGAGAUUCUCGACCUUGACGAGAGUCAAGAGAAGAUGACCGAGGUCAUUAAAACUAUAAAGGAGAUGAUUGACAACAAGCCGUGCUUCAACCCGUACCAGAUGACGGAUGACCAGCUGAGGACCGAGGUGACCGAGAGGGGGAUGAGGGCAGAGGGGAUGAGGGAACAAAUGAUCAACUCCCUCACCACGCCAACAAACACCUGUCCUCUGAUGAAAGUCUCCAUGCCUGACAACAUCUACUGUACAUUUGACGACAAAUGUCUUGGACUGGAAUGCUGUGUACAUUUCAACCUCUUCAUGUUCAGAAAAACAUAUAAGAUGUUUGCGAGGUUCGACCCCUGUGAUUUGAAAUAUUCUGUCGGCGUUGGGAAGUUCAACACGUCCAUUGUUAUCGACGGUGACCUGAGUGAUAUGUAUGGAGGAGUGGAAAAGACCGUUUUGACGAAUGAGAAACUGGAUAUCUUGGGAGGAAUAGAGCUAAUCAUGAAAGUGAAGCUGGAGAAAGAUGACACCGCUGCUCUCAUCACAGUGGCCGCCGGCUUCUGUUCCCAGGACGACCACGACAACUGCAUCGCAUUCUUCAACAUCCUGGACGAGUUUCCAACACCGCUACCGAUAUGUCAUCCAGAUGGCUCAAUAACCUGGCCAGACGUUGAUUACAGGAGUCUGUUUGAUAAGGAAUCAAUCAAGAAAAGAAUUCGUGAAAGUGCCAUAAAAGCUACCAAAGAUGCUAUAAAGAAAGGCAUCGAAGAACUACUUGACUUCAUUCCGUGUAUAUCCCCCAGUGCUCCAGGCAAGACGGAUCCCUGUCCCAGACCCGAGGCCCUGACUCGUGAUAUCCUCAAACAGAAGCUACAACAACGAGGACUGGAUGUCACGGGCACAACUCACGAACUAGUGCAAAGGCUCAGAGCUGGACACAAAACGUGCAGACUGAUGAACAGGACAGUGACCCUCCCAACAAUUAAGAACGAGGAGAUAAACAAGAUCGUGUAUAUGGAGAUAGCCCCGGACUGUCUGCGGUUUGAUGCUUGUGUUGAUGUCAGGAUUAAGAAGCUGAAUUUCAACAAGGCUGUCAACGCUUACAUUCAGCUAGACCCAUGUAAAUUCACAAUGACCGUCAACUUUGAGGACUGCACAACGACAGUUAUACUCCUGGGAUACGACUGGGGGAAAGAGAAGACCACUAGACUGAACGAAUGGGUUUCCAUAAGGUACACCAUUGACAGGAGCGAGGCAAGGAAGGUGUUCGUGGUUGACAUGGGUCUACAAAUCAGUCUUGGAGAACUGGAACCUAUAAUGGACGCCUUAUUGAUCGAAAAACUGGACGUACCGAUACCCAUUUGUAAUGAAAACUUCUCUCUGCCAGGAAACGGUUCUCUGAAGAACCUUGCAAAGUUAAUGGGAGGAAAGCUGAUCAGAGAAGUCGUGGAUUUGGUGUUUCAAAAACUUGGACUGGAUAAGGUUUUGUCAGACAGGAGUUGCCCAGUAUUAGAACCUCAAACAGACUGCCCUUGGGCCCUUCCAGACUACAAGAAUCUGCUACCCGCCAGUUUCCAGGACAACGUCACCUGUAAACAGCCGGACAACUGUUUCGGUAUAGAAUGUUGUGUGGACUUCUCGUUUGACAUCCCACUGUUUGAGAACCCCCUCGUCAAACACGUCCCCUUCUUCCUGAAGUUUGAACCGUGUAACUUCACUGUGGAGGUCGGCUUUGGGAGCUACUACCACAAGGAAAGGCUGUUGACAUACAACUGGGAUUUCUCUCUGAGUGAGUGGCUUGAGGAAAAGGGUGGUGAGAUCACAGCUCAGCUGUCAGCAGUCCUGAUGGAAGAGCUCGGUAUUAAACAGCUCCUGCUGGACACACAGUGUCAGGACUACCUGGAACCUUACAGCGGUACCGUAAGGGGAUGGAACAACGAUUGUCCUGAGAAUCUCACACUGCCAGCUCUUCCAUCCAACGUAUUAUGUCACGUGACUGACUACUGCACUGGGGUUAUGUGUUGUGUCAAAGUGUCACAGGUCAAACGGAACUUCAAUGCCUACCUCUUCUUGGACUCCUGUAACUACAAUAUGAGAGUCGGCAUUGAGAAGCUGGAGUUUAGUCACACACUGUUUGACUACACAUGGGGUGCAACUGAAGUAAUUGAUCUUGGAGGACUUGUCCGAAUAGAAUAUACCAUCAGCUCUGGUCAGAAGAAGUUCCUGGUGAACCUGAGCCUUAAGGUUUGUCUGACUGCUGGAGAAGCUUGUCCGUUUACCUUCCCUGUGUUCACAGACAUGAUCAUCCCUAAACCUUUCUGUGACUGGGAGGCCACCAAGCAGAUACAAAAUUUCUCGCUGAGCGAAUUUGUGACAUCAGAAGGUGCUGCCCUGACAGACAGACUGACCGAUGCAUUGGUCGACAAACUGGUGGAAACUUUGGAGCUCUCAGAGUACCUUCUCGAAACACAGUGUUCUCUGGCUGGUCGAGGCAAGGCUGGCUGGAAUUCAGAGUGUCCGAGAGAUGUUUCACUGCCAACAUUACCCGACUCUCUGUCCUGCAGUCUUCCCGACCAUUGUACAGGAAUAGACUGUUGCCUCAAUGUGUCUCUCAUCAGUCGGAACGUCCACUUCAAGGUCGACCUGAACAUGUGCAAGAUGACCCUUACCUUGGGCAUAGAGAAGCUAGAGUUUAGCAGGCUGCUGUUCAACUACCAAUGGGGAACACCAGACAGUUUCAAUUUGAAGGGAAUAUUCCGAGCAGAUUACGUCAUUGACAACCUCGAAGGAGAGAAACAGUUCCUUGUAAGUCUCAACAUCAGUGCCUGCUUUGAGUCUGGAGGGAAAUGUCUGGUUACCCUACCAGUGUUAAACCAAGCCAGGCUCCCCAACCCUGGAUGCGACUGGAACUCAACACUGUCACUGAGAGGCUUCUCCUUGAAGAACUGGCUUAGCAAUAACGGUCUAAACACCAGCCACGCCUUGACAUCAGCAUUCCGGUUCCAACUGUCUCUAGCUCUGGGUAUCUCUGAAUACCUUCUGGACCCCAUGUGCGACAGGCAGAGGGGGAUAUACAAGCCGGGAUGGAAUAAUGAAUGUCCGCUGCAAAUGACCCUACCAACUCUCCCGAGCAGCCUGUCGUGUCAUAUUCCCGACUACUGCACUGGACUGGACUGUUGUGUGGAUGUGGUCAGUCUGGGAAUGUCCUUCAACUUCAAGAUCCUCCUGGACACACGGAACCUUGUCCUGACUGUCAGUAUCGAGAAGCUCACCUUCCAGACAUCAUUGUUCAACUACAAGUGGGGUGAAUGGGACUAUUUCAACCUCAAUGGUGUGGUUAGAUUAAGUUUCAAGAUUGACGACCUUGUACAUGCUUGGAAGUACCUGAUGAGCCUGAAACUCUCGCUGUGCUUUGAAGCAGACUCUCCCUGUGCUCUCAGCCUUCCUGUCCUCACAGAUAUCAGCUUCCCUAAACUGAAGUGGAACUGGGACAACCCUCUUUCCUGGCCUGAUAACGGGUUCUCUUUGAAAAAAUGGCUGUCUGAUGUGAAACUUCCAUCCGGUAAGAAACUGGCCACUGUCGCUGUCUCCCAGCUCCUGGACGUACUGGGUGUCGCGGGAUUCCUGACUGACCCCCAGUGUAACAGGACCCUUGCCCCCUAUGAUGGAGCUGUUGGGGACUGGAAGAAGGAUUGCCCUGCCAGUCUCACCCUGCCAACACUACCAGACUCCGUCACCUGUCAUCUGUCGGACCCGUGUGGCUCCAUACAGUGUUGUAUUGAUGUGGACUUUAUCGGAAGAUCCUUCAACGUCCAGGUUGGAAUAGACCCGUGCACCUACACCUUCACCAUGGGCAUAGAGAAGCUGGUCUUUACCAGGAUCUUAUCCAACUACAAAUGGGGAAACGUGGAACACUUCAGCUUGAAGAACGUUAUCCGUGUCGAUUUCAUGAUCGAUGACCUGUUCGGGGAAAAGAAGUUCCUGAUCAACCUCAACAUCAGUGUCUGUUUCGAGGAGGAUUCUUGUCUGAUUUCCUUCCCAGCUCUGAAAAAUGUCAAGAUUCCCAAGUUGGUCUGUGACUGGGACAGUACAGCUGCUAUUGCAGACUUUUCUUUGUCUGACUUCCUGUCCGAGAUGAAUUCUAAUGGGUCUGAGAGUCUCACUUCAGUUAUCACAGACAAACUGUUUGAGAGGCUGGAAAUAGCAGGAUAUCUGAAGACAGCACAGUGUCAAAAUACAAGUUGUCCUUAUGUACCUACAAUCAAUGGAUGGAACAACGAGUGUCCAAUUCAUGGGCUUGACCAGUACCUCCUAGACCUCCCUGAUUCCAUGGCAUGUCACGUCCCCGACAUCUGUACCGCCGUUGACUGCUGCAUCUACAUCGACUUCCUGUCACGUGCCUUCAACGUCUUCCUGACAGUGGACAUGUGCACCUAUCAGCUGAGAGUGGGCGUGGAAAAUCUGGUCUACAAACGGAUGUUGUUGGACUAUCAGUGGGGCACCGAAGAUCACUUCUAUGUGAAAGGUGUCAUUCGAGUAAAUUACAUCAUCAACCGACUUAUGUCUGACAAGAAACUGGAAGUGACAGCAUCUGUCAGUGUGUGUCUGAAACAAAACGAGUGUCUGUUCUCCAAAACUUUCCUUGACAAAGCCAAGAUACCACAACCCCUGUGUGACUGGGAGGCCAGGCUGCAACAGAGAAAUUUCUCAUUGACCAACUGGGUAUCAGGCAAGGGUCUGUCCUCCACCGUGUCGACUCUCACGGAAACACUCAUAUCUCAGCUCAUGGAUGAUCUCGGGGUGUCUCAGUACCUCGUCAGUUCGGCCUGUGAUCAGUCGGCAAGUCCAUAUUCCCCUGCUGGGAUAAACAACUGGAAUAAAGAAUGCAGCAGCCGAGCAGUACCAUCUCUACCUGACUCUGUGCGAUGUCACCUGACCUCCAACUGUUCCACGGUAGACUGUUGUGUCGAUGUUUCCCUUAUCAAUAGGACCAUCCAGGCCAAGUUUGAUGUGGAUAUUUGUAACCUACAGAUCACAAUGACGAUAGAAAAACUAUCCUACACUGUGUCACUCAUGGAGUACGAAUGGGGUACAGAAGGACAUUUCAUCCUGGGCGACAUGACACGACUGUCGUACAAACUAGAGCACAUCCCCGCAUCCCAGAAGCUGAUAAUGGACCUGAACAUCAAGAUGUGUUUUGAGGACGACACGUGUGUGCUUGAAGUCAUAAUCUUCUCACAGUCGGAACUGGUCUAUUCUCCAUGUAGCCCGACUCUACCGGUGCCAUUUAAUGGUGUCUCCUUUGAUUUCUGGAAGUCUGGAAAAUGUGCUCUGCAAACUUCCGACCAAGCUUGUCCGGCAUCCCUCCCUGUCGCUAUCUCGAGCACCUGCCGCCUGACUGACAACUGCAUGGGCAUCACGUGUUGUGAGGACGUUGACCUCAACUACCUCGGUAUCUACUCCAUCACUGCCGGCAUCGAGGUUGACCACUGCAAUGACCAGCUUGUGUAUCAUAUAGAGAACAAGGAGUGGAAAAAGAAGCUUCAGGCUGUGGACUAUGAUAAAAACCACACUGUCUCAAUUGGCAACGCCAUCACCGUGAGCUACGUGAUCAGCAAAACCGCAUCCUCUUAUGAAGUGUCAUUCCACGUAAAGCUCUGUGUCAUGAACGUGCACGACCUCAUCAACAACUGCUACUACUACGAACUCCUUGAUGAAAAGAUGUUCCAGAUGCCGUCUUCAUGUUCACCUGUUGGACGAAGAAGGAAAAGAAGAAGUCCUUUAGACCUAAUACACACGGGCGAUACCAAACGGAUCCUCAAUGAAGCUUUGAACCAGAACUUUACAAAUGAAGAAAUCAAGGAUCUGUUUGAAAGACUAAAGGAUGAAGCAAUAAGAGACAGGUCACUGAUGAUAUCACGCACUGAUGAAUAUGGCACAGCCACCAACACUAAGAGCGCCAUCAGAAAGAUGGGUAUGGCCAACCCAGGAACCAUUCUGUACUCAGGGGAGGUCGGCGGUGGCAACUUGGUGCUCGGCAUGGAAGGAGGCGAGAAGAUCAUGAAGGUCCUGGGUCAGGUCACCGACAUCCUGGGUCGCGGGGACCAGGCCUACACUGUGGGGAAAGGUCUGACUGGGAAAGGACUGGAGCUGCUUGGUGCUAAACUAGCCAACAUGAGUAUUGGGGAGAUCAUAGCCAUGUUUGAUGCCAAGAACAUCGACCCUGAACUUGCUCUUCGACUGACGAGACAACUGAGAGAUCUAUGUCUGGCACUGUAUUCAGACAUCAUACAAGCCAUCGUCAAUGGCGAUGGAGGCGACAUAUUCAGCUCAUUUGACCUUACCCUUCAAGGAGACUUUUCCCUACCUAGAAGACACGUCGUCUUCUUCAGAUAUAGGUAUUUCAUCGUGGUUGGAGGAAUUGUACCUUUAACCAUUGAAUAUGGGGCCGGAGCUACGUUUGGAAUGAGAGUAGGUGUGGGAGCGAAGAUCCUCGGCAUGACUGUGUUUGGCGAGGUGGCACCCUUAGGAAGCGCCCUUAUAUACGGGGAGAUGAGCGUUGGCGCUGUACUGUAUGCCAAGCUGAGAUUUGAUGGCUACUUGUUGAACCUUGCAUUCCCAUCUAGGGCUGAGAUAGGAUUCUACAAGUUUCCACUUGACUUAAGACUAAUUAUGGACAUGGAGCUGACCCCUCUGCAGCUGACCCUGCGGGGGAAGGUGACCCUGGAAAUCAAUCUGGGGAAGUGGAUAGGCAAGAUCAGGAAAACUCUCUACAACGCUGUCAUCUGGCGAUAUUCCACUUCCUCGACCAGGAAAAGACUGAUAGACACAGGCAAGAAGGAGGAGGACAAGUCCCCACCACAGUUCCUCAACUACGUGGACAAUACAGGAGGUUCUGGCAGACAGAAGAGAGCAGUGUCCACAUCACGGAGCUGCUUAGUGAGACAACUUCCCAAUAGAGACUACACAGAACCGGCUGUAGAGAUAGCCAUAGCUGCCCAGGAUGACCGGAGUCAGGUCCAGAUCUUUGUGGAUGCUGGGACCAAACCUGGACUCAGUGAUGUACUCAGACAAUCCAGCCUUGGUGGACCAUCUGCAAUUAUCACUCAGAGAUUUCCCAGCAACGGUCACGGCGUUCCUGUUUUCUUCACGGUGUAUGGCGAGAAUAGCGCAGGCGCGAGAACCGCCGUGACUUGCAGCAUCCCCACCUAUGACGUCACGCCCCCUGGUGGCAGAUUGACAGCGGAAUUUAGUUCAACCAGUAACCCAGCUGAGCUGAUGGGGAACGUGGUUGUGUAUGAAGAUUCCGAUCUGAUUAAAUCCUCAUUGGGUGUCGGACUGGGAAGGGGAAUCUACGCAGAUGAAACAAUAGCCUACAACUCGGUCAAUCUCAAGGACAGAAACAAAGCACAUUAUGAUCCUGCAUCUGAUUAUUUCGGCCAUGAAGGGUUGAAACAUUUCACGGGUCUCAAGGAUGGUCGGCUGAUUGGCCCAGUGUUUGCCGAGUUCUCCAGGAUGAACCACGCCGGGUCGUGUGUGAAGGAGUGUAUGAAGUUCCCGGAGACCAAAUGUUUGAGCGUCAACUAUGACUACGGGCCUAGUGGACAUUGUGAACUGUUAGAAGGCAUUGAAGGACACGACCAUAAAAUCUUCAUUUCUGAUCAGUUUGCUCACUUUGAGAGGCUUGGAGUUGGUCUUGCCCACGAGUUCAUCUUCAACGAUCUGUCUCUAAUGCAUAGGGCCAUGUACUAUUUCAACAUACACCUUGUCAACGAUCUCCAGUUUGAGUCCAUGCUCCAUAGCAAGGGUGUUGUGGUGGAUAUAACGCCUCCCGAACCAGGUCCACUGGCUAAUGUGAGUCUGGAUGUCCUGGAGGUGACUUCGUGUGUGAGUGUGGUUCCCGAUGACCGACCAGACUGGAAAGACAGGUGUCGAGGUGUCAACAGUGAGAUUAAAAACCACAGGAUCAUUCAUGAUGGCGAGGGGUCAAAAACUGUUUUCAAUGGAGACGAACCCCUCACUAAUCUCCUAUACACCAGAGCCAACAGAUACGUAUCAGCUAACUGGGACGGCAUCAUGGACAAAGAGACGGGCAUACUGGGCUACUCCUUGACUGUAGGGACACAAAUCUGUGAGGAGCUGAUUCACCCCCAUCAUGACCCUCACAGGCACCUGUUUGACGAAUCAGAGUGGACCCACACUGGACUAAUCUCCCCCAUACCGGCUCCAUACGACCCUCUCCCUGAUGGGAAAUACUACAUCACACUGAGGGCCUUGAACAAGGUUGACUAUGGAGGUCCACUUGUGACAACAAUCUGCCACACCACGCCGCUCGUGGUGGACAACUCACCACCACUCCUGUAUGAAAUCUAUAACGUCUCCUACAACGAAGAUACCUUCUUCAUUAAUGCACAGUACAACGCCAGUGACCCAGAUUCAGACAUCAGAGAAGCAGACUUGUGUCUUGGACGGACCACACGUGACUGUCAUCACAUGGACUGGCAGAGGUCCUCCCACAAUGAUGGCGACAUCACCCGCCAGUUCCAGAUACCGGGUGGGAUUCCUGUCUGGAUUAAAGUCCGGGUAAUUAACAAUGUUCGGAACAUUGAUGGCGACAUCACCCGCCAGUUCCAGAUACCGGGUGGAACUCCUGUCUGGAUUAAAGUCCGGGUAAUUAACAAUGUUGAGUUGAUGACAGUGGGCGUGUCUGACCACCCGAUCAUUCUGGACACAUCCCCACCAGAACCAGGCAUUGUGUAUGACGGACCCGUCUUCAGAGUUGAUCUCAACUUUACCAAGGAUGCUGAUAAGAUCUGCGCAAACUGGUUUGGGUUCUAUGAUCCUGAGUCGGGUAUUUCCCACUACGGGGUAUCGGUUCUGGAUGACACAAACGCAACGAUCUCCGAGCCGGUCAGUCUUGACCAUAAGACACACGAGGCCUGUGUGGAGGUGGACUCUGACCAGAGGCUCGUACACGGCAAGGCCUACAAAUUCUACAUCACAGCAUACAACGCUGCCCAUAAACAGCUGAACGUCUCGGCAAUGUCAGAUGGAGUGAUCGUGGAUCUGACUGCCCCUGUGCCGGGUGACGUUGUUGACGGUAUACGGGACAGCUUUGUCGACGUUGAGUUCAGUACCCACGUUGCCACAGUUGGAACCCAGUGGAGGAAUCAAAGUGAUCCCGAGUCCGACAUAAGAGAGUAUGCUGUACAGAUACUAAGAGCAAAAGAGUUGUCUCCUGACUUUGAGGUAUUAAGAGACUGGAACACGCUGGGCAAAGACGUCAGACAGAUCGAGUGGCACAACUUCCACCUGAACCAUCAGGACAUUGUCAAGACGAAGCUGAAGACCAUCAACAACGCCCUGGGUUCUGUAGAACAGACAACAGAUGGGUUUGUGGUGGAUCUCACUCCGCCCAGGAUGGUGUUCCUAGGUGAUGGACGUGAACAGAACAAAGACACGGAGUUCCAGACAUCCAGCACUACUGUUGAAGCCAACUUCCAGUUUAAGGACGACGAAUCUGGACUGGAUCAUUAUAAAUACCAGGUGUAUGAGCUUUACCAUGGGGCAAAACGUCAAGUAUAUCCAGACUCUGCAGGAUGGGAGACCUCCAGCGACCCCAGCACCAUCAGUCAGUCGGGCUUGAGUCUCCGGCCGGGCGCACAGUACAGUGUGAGAGUCGGGGCCGUCAACAGAGCCGGGGCCGUGGCCACCUACGACACAAACGGCGUCCUUCUUGAUAAUACUCCACCUCGGAUGAAAUGGGUCGACGUUGGCACUUUGUCUGGCAGUGAAGAAGAGUUAACUGACGGUUACGUUAUCCAGUCUGAUACCACCGGUAUCAAGGCCACCUGGUCUGCCAAGGACAGUGAGAGCGGCAUCAAGUCGUACAUGGUUGCAGUUGGAACCACUAAAGGUGGAACUGAUAUCCUAAACUGGAAGGACUUUGGUUCUGACAAAGACAAAUACAUGGACGGGUUGACAUUGACCGUGACUGACCCUGACACGAUGACCCCUGUUUACUAUGUGUCUGUAAAGGCGAGCAAUGGAGCUGAUCUGACCAGUGACGUCAUCACGUCAAACCCCAUCCGGGUCGUUGACCAGGACAAAGCAGGUAUUGUCAUCGACGGCGCCGACUCCACCGAGAGAACUGAUUUCAUUGGCAUUGGUAGCGACAUGGACUACCAGAAAGACACGGGGGUUGUGACGGUACAGUUUGCCGGGUUUGAGAGCCACGAGCACGGUGUGACGUACUAUGACUGGGCGGUAGGGACGACACCUGGUGGCGAGGAGGUGCAACCGUUCAUCAUGGCGGGUCUCAUACAUGAAGAAGCAGAGACCAAGGUUCCUGGAAAUGGUAUCGCCAGCAUGGGCUUUGGUCAGGCUGUCCUCCCGCUGUCAUCCGGCACGACAUACUACACCACAGUCCGCGGCAUCACCAACGUCGGCAACAUUCUGGAAUCCACGUCAGAUGGAUUUACUGUUGAUAUCACUCCUCCUGACGUCCUCGUGGAAAGCUAUGGCUCUGAGAGCAACCAGAGCAGGCUGACCUCCACCACGACACUGUACCAGACUGAGGUGGACUCCAUCUCCUCUUCCUGGAGGGUUGCAGACAGUGAGAGUCCAGUCAAGAAGAUGUACUACUCUGUGGGGACCUACCCCCCACGGGGAGGAUGUCCAGCCCACGACUGAGGUGGACAUCCUGCUGACCGGCGAGGGGGCGCUACCCACUGGCAUCAAACCUACAACUGAUGGAAAACCGAACAUUCUGACUCUUACAGCCGAAAAUGAACUCGGAUUAUCCGCUAGCAUUAUCUCCCCUAAUCUUGUGAUCGACACCUCAGCACCAACAAGGGGCGUAUUGACGUGUCCGAGCUUCAUUCAGCCGAGGUCUGCAGUGGAGUGCACAUGGACAGGGUUCUACGACGCAGAGAGUCUGGUUGUAGAGUUUGAGUUUGCUGUUGGCUCUCAUGAGGGGCUGGAGGAUGUCAUCACUCCUGUCAAGCUGCCGGGACAU